AUGGCGCAGAUGUACGUGGUGAAGCGUGAUGGACAGAAGCAGGAGGUGAAGUUCGACGCCAUCACGCGCCGCAUCCGGCGUCUUUGUGACGGCCUGGACUCUCGCUUCGUCGACCCAGUGGUUGUUACGAGGAAAGUGGUCGAAGGCUUUUACAGCGGCAUCUCUACUUCGGAGGUGGAUGUCCUUGCGGCCGAGACAUGCGCGUACAUGUCCCAGAAGCAUCCAGACUUUUCGACGCUGGCAGCACGCAUUGCGGUGUCGAACCUCCACAAGAACACAUCGGAGUCCUUCUAUGAGACGUGCAAGGUCCUCCACGAAUAUGUGGACAUGCAGGGUCGACCAGCCUCGCUGAUGGCACAAGAUGUGUGGGAGUUCAUCGAGGCCAACGCGCAGCGCCUGGAUGAAGCCAUCGACUACACUCGCGACUUGGGCUACGACUACUUUGGCUUCAAGACACUGGAGAAGUCCUACCUGCUGCGGGUGCAUGGCAAAAUUGUGGAGCGUCCACAGCACCUCAUAAUGCGCACGGCCUGUGGCAUUCACAUGGGUGAUCUGGCAGCUGCCCUGGAAACAUACGAUCUGAUAUCCAGAAAGUACUUCACACAUGCUUCGCCUACCCUCUUCAAUGCCGGUACGCCGACGCCGCAAAUGUCUUCAUGCUUCCUCCUCAAGAUGAAGGAGGACAGCAUCGAUGGUAUCUACGACACAUUGAAGCAGUGCGCCCUUAUCUCCAAGUCCGCGGGCGGUAUUGGAGUGGCGAUCUCCAAUGUGAGGGCGAGCGGUUCGUACAUUCGUGGAACCAAUGGUUACAGCAACGGUUUGGUCCCGCUGCUCAAGAACUUCAACGAGACGGCGCGCUACGUGGACCAAGGGGGAGGCAAGCGCAAGGGCUCCUUCGCCAUGUACCUGGAACCCUGGCAUGCUGAUGUCUUCGACUUCCUCGAGCUUCGGAAGAACCACGGGAAGGAGGAGCAGCGUGCCCGCGAUCUCUUCUACGGCCUGUGGAUUCCGGAUCUGUUCAUGCAGCGUGUCAAGGACAACGAGAACUGGACGCUCUUCUGCCCCAACGAGGCCUACGACAAGGAGACUGGCAAGGGCUUGAUGGAUGUCUGGGGGGACGAGUUCGAGGCCAUGUACACCCGCUUUGAGGCCGAAGGUAAGGGGCGCAAGACCGUGAAGGCCCAGCAUCUGUGGUUUCGCAUCCUCGAGUCCCAGAUGGAGACGGGCACACCCUACAUGCUCUACAAGGAUCAGGCGAACCGGAAGUCGAACCAACAGAACCUCGGCACCAUCCAUUGCUCCAACCUCUGCACGGAGAUCAUCGAGUACACCGCCCCGGACGAGGUCGCCGUUUGCAAUCUGGCCUCCAUUUCCCUGCCGGCCUUUGUUCGCAACGAGGGUGCGAGCUACGACUUCCAAGAGCUCUAUCAGGUCACAAAGGUCGUGACGCGGAACCUGAACAAGGUCAUCGACAGGAACUACUACCCGGUUCCCGAGGCUCGCAAGUCCAACUUCCGCCAUCGACCGGUGGGUUUGGGCGUGCAGGGCCUCGCCGAUGCCUUUCUGAUGAUGAAGCUUCCUUUCGAGAGCGAGGAAGCCAGGGUAUUGAACGAGGACAUCUUCGAGACUAUCUACUUCGCUGCCUGCGAGGCCUCAUGCGAGCUGGCUGAGCUUUCUGGGCCCUAUGAGACCUUCGAGGGCAGUCCCGCCAGCCAAGGGCGACUCCAGUUCGACCUCUGGGCAAAGACACCCCGGAGUGGCAAGUGGGACUGGGACGCCUUAAAGGUCAAGAUUGCGCGGCACGGGCUGCGAAACUCUCUCUUGGUGGCACCGAUGCCCACAGCUUCCACAGCUCAAAUCCUGGGCAACAACGAGUCCUUUGAGCCAUACACGCAGAACCUCUACGUGCGACGCGUCCUCUCCGGUGAGUUCGUGCAGGUGAACCGACACUUGCUGAAGGACCUCAUCGACCGAGGUCUCUGGAACGAGGAGAUGCGCACGCAGCUGGUUGCGCAAAAUGGCAGUGUGCAAAACUUGCCGCUGCCAGCAGACAUCAAGGAGCUCUACAAGACCGUGUGGGAGAUCAAGCAGCGAAGGGUGCUAGAUUUGGCCGCUGACCGGGGAGCGUACAUCGACCAGUCACAGUCACUGAAUAUUCACAUGGUGGACGUGACGACUGCCAAGCUGUCGUCCAUGCAUUUCCAUGGCUGGCAUCUGGGGUUGAAGACGGGACUGCCCCUUAGUUGCGAAGAAGUUCGAGGGUGUAGGGUUUAG